CAUUAAAUUGAGACGUGGAUUUAAAUACACGUAUAUUAGAUAAUGAACACUUUAUUUAACCGCGCAGUUUAAAAUAGUGCAUUAAUCGAGGUGCGUUCACGUUCUAGGCUCUGAAAAUAUUAAAUUAAUUUUUGGAAUAAGGCAAGGCUGACACCAUGGCUCAACCGGUGUACGACAGCUGGUUUGUGCGUGUGAAUAACGUGUCUCAUCUGUGGAAUAACCAGCCCACUUAUAUUAUAUCCCAGGCCAUUUAUGUAGUUGGAGGACUUUUGACAUUGUUGCACGCUUUUAGCAAAGGAGGCAGAUGGCCAUAUUUCUGGGUUGGAAUAUUACUGCAUGGAAUCGUGGCGGAUAACUUUUGGACAAUUGUCGUGCCAGAGUUUGAUAACUUUUGGCAUUCGCAGACACCCAUAAUUUUCCUUGGAGGACGUUUACCUUUACACAUUAUAUUACUUUACCCUGUGUUUAUAUACAACGCAGCAUAUGCGGUAUCUAAGCUGAAUUUACCAAAAUAUGCUGAGCCAUUCGCAGUAGGACUGGUUACUGUGCUAAUAGAUAUACCAUAUGACAUCGUGGCUGUUAAAUUUGUACAUUGGGUGUGGCACGACACGGACCCUAACAUAUUCGAUCGCCAUUACUGGGUGCCAUGGAACUCAUAUUAUUUCCACGCUACAUUUGCUGCCAGCUUCUACUACUUGUUUCAUGCCACUAGGCGGUAUUUGGCGCCCAAGGUCUCUCAGUGGACGGCAGCUGGGUUGCGAUCGGAGUUCCUCUCACUGGUAAUAUCUUCGGCGAUGGGAAUGUUCGGUGGAGUGCUUCUGUUCGUGCCCAUCUACCACCCCCUUCACGAUAUGUACAAGAUUCACUCCGAGGUCACAUUCUUUCUCCUUUUUGCUAUAUAUUCAGUGUUUAUCUUGCAAGGACUGCUAAGUGACCGACCGAAAAAUAAAGACAGACUUACAGCAUUCGACUACCUACUUCUCCUGCAGCUGAUUGUACACUAUCUGGCUUAUUGGUGCUUUGUGAUGUUCAUGAACCCUGAGAAGGAAGUGUCCGUGGGCUUCCAUCAGCCUGUGGGGCCUUGUGGCGAAAAGGAGAGCUUAGUAACACCUUUCGGACAAACAUUAUAUAAAAAUAAAUUCCUCUGUGCGAGCAACUACGAUGAGAAAUACUACGACUUCCGCUGCGUCGGAGGCCAGAUUCCUCCAAAUGGUUCGAAAUGGUACACCAUAUGUGGAACGCCUUUCGAAAACCGCGCGGAGUACAUCACGGUAAUCAGCGCAAUACUGGUUGUGGCCUUUGGAGUUUUCCGUGCUUUAUACUUUAAGAACGUGGAAAUUCUACCUUUAAUAAAGAAAAAGAAAAAUUAGUAAUUUUAUAUUAAAUCUAUUAUGAAUUAAAAAGUAUUUAAUUUGA